AUGAGUGGUCGCAGUGGUGUAGUCGAACGAAAAGGAGUUUUUGAAUUCUACUACAUUGAUAGAUGUGUCGAUCCAAGUUGUUCUUUGCGUCAACUUUCAAAUUAUGAUGCUGUUCUCAUUGCCAAAAGCCCUAAUUGUCUUGCUCAUAAUGUGUUCAGUGAAAUUACAAGUGACUCGAACAAUGAUCAACUAAUACCAUUAAGUCGACUACAAAGUCAAAUAUCACACUCUGGUCAAGACCGCAAUGUAUCGGCUAUGAACAACUAUGAAAGCAACGAUUCAUUAGAGAUGUCGAGCAAUUCUUCACAACGAAAACUGAUCGCUCAUGUAUCAGUUUCAAAAAUUCAAGCGGCAAAACGACUAAUCAAGGCAGCAAAUCCGAGUAUUAAAUCUCAGAUUCGACUACCAGAUGAUGAUUCAAUGCGUUUCUCUCGAUUCCAAUCGAAAACAAAUGAUCAUGUGAAAGUAUUCAACAUCAAUUCAACCUCAACAAGACGACGACGUAGUUCAUGCUCUUCAUUACCAUCGUGCCGUAUCCCACAAUCCCCAGAAAAUAUGAAUUUAAGACGCAACAGUAUCGAACCUGUUGGCCAUGUUCGAGUGAAUCGUGUGCAAACGACGCAAUUGACAAAGAAAGAUUCAUUAUUAUCAAAUCAACCUUGCCAGUCGAUUAUUGACACUACGAUUCGAUUGGAUGAUGUUGAUCGAGGUGCAACAUCAAUGGAUUCAUCAUCAGCAACUAGAGGACAGAAUGUAUUUAUAAAACAUGUGACAUCAACUCGUCGACCAAUCGCGAGAAAGAAACAACGGCCACCGCAAAACACCAACAAUUUGUCAUUACCUCAUUCUAUAUCACAAAAAUCGGCUAUUCAUGUUGAACACGUACCAGCAAGCAGGAAAAAGCUGGCAUCCACUAGAAAUACUGCUCAUCUUGGAUUAAUUUCUGAAGGGACAGAGAAAAAUCAAAAUCCCACUAUGAAAAACGUUCACUCAAGUGUUACUGUUGCAAGAAUAUUACGAGACAAGAAGCCUUUGCCAACAACACUUCUAUAG